GUUCCAUCGGUUUCGGAUCGGGUCACUGGGUCAGUAUCUGUAUCGCAUUCAGCCUUCAGGCGCCAUCUUUUCAACCUAGAUUUUCUGGCGGCGAGCAGCCGUUGAAAUUGAAACUGUCACAUGUGUUCCCACCAGCUAGCUUGCUAGCGCGGAGUAGCGAGCUCGCCGGCCGACGCGAACGCGAUGCUGUAGGGCUCGGCCUCGGCGACGAGCGCGGCGUCACGGUGCGGGGGCUCGAUGCCGUCCGCCGCUGCGCCAGGGUCUACAUGGAGGCCUACACCGCCCUCCUCGUCCUCGGCCCCGACCCUCCUUCCAGGCUCGACAGUCUCGUGCGUGCGUUUUCGAUCAGGACUGCCCACCGCCUGUUCGCUCAAAAUCCUGCCUGGGCUGGCCUGGCCGCAGGCCGUCGCUCACGCACUCCCCCGGGAAGGAGAUCACGGUCGCGGACAGGGAGAUGGUAGAGGAGGUGCGAGGCGACCAGCAGGCCUCUGGCGACCAGGUUCUGUUCUGCGCGAGGCCGCCGGCGCCGACGUCGCCUUCCUGGCCACCCGUUCGGUUCCGAUGAGCCUUUCAGGAUGGCAGCACACACUGAUCUGGUUGUUCGAGCCAAGCGGAUGGGGAUACAAGUGAGGCCUUGUUUGUAUGUUGUUGGAUUCACUUCGAUCAAUGUGUGUUGGUGUGUGUUGGGGUGGAAUUUAGUUCAAGUUCCACUCAAAUCCACCUCAAGGAUUGAUGUGAAUUCAACUAUAUUCAAAUAAGACCUGGGGCCUGUGGGUUGCAACGGUAUCACCCCGUUCUGUACCGAUACAUUACAGACGUGACUUUUUUUUGCCAGGCCAUCCGUGAAAUCAGACGUCACCAGCCAUUCAGGACUCUUUUGCGCAAAAAAAAAAGUCCUGCUAAAUGGCUGAUAGAUUUUGGCUGAUAAACUCAAGCGAACAUGACUCUUUUUCGGAAAAAAAAUCCUACUCUGUUUUGAUUCACAGAGGAAUUUCUCCAGCCAAGAAU